CCCCCUCCUAAAGCUGUGGCGCAUCGGCCUGAGAAUCGGCACCGAAGAGAGACAUGGGCUUCGACUGGGCCUCGCAAUCGCAAUUGGAAGGGAUUCGAGAUCGGGUGUUGGCAGCGAGCGGGCGUGUGGCCUCCUUCGGGGCUGUUGCGGACGUGGAGCGCAGGCCAGUGGCAGCGUUUUUUCUUCUUCUCGUCACUGAGAACACUUCCAGGUAUGUGUUGCUACAAAAAUUAAACACCACAACCUGCAAUGACACGGUGGAAUACAUGGUAGAAAGCAGUGCCAAUUAUGCCAAGAAAUAUGAAAACAUUGUAGAAGUAGUUAGUGAAUUUGAUGAGGGUGAUGCACAAUUUAUUAAGGAAGCACAAUUAGUGCUAAUUGAGAAGCACCUGAAGUUCAAGGCUUCUGACAGCAGUGGCCUAACUACUGGCCUGACUGCAGUGGUGGGAGACCAGUCCUCUCGCUGGUUACUUCAUGGUUGUCAGAGCAACCAUCAAGAAAAGGCUAACCUUGGAGGUUUGAGUUGUCUGGAAAGGAUACCUUCUUCACUUGAAGAUGCUGUGUUGGCUGGUGUGGUUGGUGGUACACUCAUUGGCGUCUUGGAGGAGAAUCCAUUGUAUUCACAAAAGUCAGCGUUUGUAGUAGCAACAUCUGCAGCUUGUUGCUUCAAAUUGCAGUUUACGGUAGGAGAAGAUCAAGCGAUAUGUUUCUCGAUGUAGGGGACAGGCUCUAAAACUUUCGAUAUGAUUCGCUGUUUAUGGGACAUGUAUAGAGAAGAAUGUAGUAGCUUCAUUGUGUGUUAUAUUGCUGAAAAGCUUCACUCCAAUUUUUCUUUGCAAAUCAAUUUUGGAACUAGGACUUUUUUUGUUACUGCAAGUAGGUUUUCCCUUGUAAACAUGAAGUAAAUUUUAUGUAACCAAUAUUAGUAAACAUUAGGGAGCUAAUGUUUUUAUUUGUAGCUUUAGCCAUCCAGAGAUCAGAAUUGUUGAAGAAUACUAAUAACUGUAUGGUAACUUAUGGUCAGCAGUUUUCCCAUUGUCCCUCGGGAAAUAUUGUAAACCUUGUAUGAAGUCAAAUUCAGAUCUUAUCAUUCAACCUAUUUAGUAUGAUUUAAGAAAUGUUUCUUGUACCAUAAUUUCACUGGUAAAUAUGAAAAAUGUAUUAUUUACCUUUCAGUUGUUAGUAAUGUAGUGUGAUGUAACAUAAAUGUACUAAUGUAAAGGUGUGGACUUUCUUUUAAUUUCUAAAUUAGAUUUAAAUGCCUCAUGAAAUCAUCAUGAGGAAGUGUGUUCGGGAGUUACCAUUCCUCUUGAACUGGUUGUUAUUAUUUAUUGAUCAAAGCUGUGGAGUAGCCACUACCAUUUCCAUAAAAGGGUUAAAUAAUGAAAUAGUGAUAUUCAUAUCUUCAAAAUCAGCAUAGUAAAUAAUGUUUUGUUUAUAUCAAUAAUCAAAGAGAGAACAAUCACAAUGGCUCUUUGUGGCUAUCAAAUACAGUAAAAGUUCCAAAUUACCAAGUAUUAAACUUGAAUUGGUAGAGAGGGUUUUGGAAGGUAUUGGGAUUUGAGAUUGUUGUGGUGCUUUUUCCACAGUAGUGUGUUGGACAUUCACAAGUUUGUUUAUUUAUUUAUUUAUUUAUCUAUCAAUCAGGCAAUCACCCAACAUACAUUACAUUCAAUAUUUACUUAAUAUAAGUUAAUAGUAUUCGCAUACAUAUUUUUUCCUUGCUAAAUCUGAACAAUUCGAGUGAUGUAAAAAAUAUAUCUAUAUUACAUGUGUUUACUUGUCUACUCAUGAGCCAUAUUGGUGCAUUAUGUUGCAGAUUUGAUCUCGCAAUUGGUAUAUAAAAAGUUUUAUAGUUAUUUCUCGUAUUUCGCAUAGGUAAAAUUCAGUUUAGAUUACAGUGCAGUACAAUCAAUAUCAUUGUUUAUCAAUUUAUACAGAAAUAUAAAAUCAUUGAAUUUUCUAUGAGAAUGUAGUGAGCUAAUGUUCAAUAAGCUCGCAACAUGAAAAUAAUUAUGUGUGAACCAUGGUGAUGAAAGUUGAAGUUUCCACGCAAUAUAGUUAAAGAACCUAUGUUGAGUUGAUUCAAUUUUUCUUGAAUAAAUGUCAUAAUGAGGCGACCAAACUGGAGAAGCAUAUAAUAAAAUUAAUCUCACUAACGAAAAAUAUAGAGUCUAUAAAAUGGAAGGAUUUUUGAAUUCACUGGUCAUUCUCAUAACAAAUCCAAGUAGUUAAUUGGCUUUAUUAACGACAUAAUUAAUAUGUUUAUCAAAUUUCAAAAUAGGAUCAAAAAUAACUCCAAGAU